GUCGAAGAGAUUUUCUCUGAUGUACACCGUUAGUAAGCUAAAUCACAACUGCUCUGGAAAUUCAUGUAGAAAGCUCAUGUCUUACUGAGCCAAAGCAUUAUGAACUAAUGGAUAUGAAAACUGUCAAUUUAUACCUUUAGAUAUAUACAUAUAUUUAUAUAUAUACACUUGCCUCUGUACCUCCUACAGAACAUUGUAGUAAAUACAGAGAAGAUUUACAAGACAUUUAAGUUAGAAACAAACCCGCAGCAACCAACAACACCCAUAACAAAACCAAUCUAUCUGUUAGCUUUCAUCAGUGGGAAUCAUUGUAUUUUCAUCACAUAUUCCUUAAUUUGUUUUAGUUAAUUUUCUGCUAAUGUCGUGGUUUGUUUUGAUCUAAUACUUUACCAGUGUCUUGUAUCGCUCCUCUGCAUUUUGUUUUGUUCCUUGUUUUUACGUCAUUGCUCCAAUGUCUGUUGACAGUGAGCACCAAGAAAUGGAAGGAAAACUGUUACAGGUCUUAGAGGCGAGUUCUGAUGAUGAACAGAUUUUGAACGUGCUCGAACACUUCAAUACUCAAAAUGCCAUGACAGUGAACUUUCCUUCUACCAAGGAUUCUCAGACCCAGGAAAUUAUUGCAGCUCUUUGUCAAAAACUUGGAGAAAAACGAUCAGCUCGCUGCAACUCUGAGUGUCUGAAAACUAUUCGCAUCUUUAGCCGUGAUACACUCUUGGCCGAUGUUUUAGCUCUUGACUCCACAUUGACUCUGUUGAUGACUCAUGCCUGGUUUCACCAGACUGCUGAAGAGAGUGACAAAAUAACCACUUUGAAGGAUGAGGACACAGAAGUUAUAAUUGAAGCCCAGAAGUGUCUUUGUAAUAUCAUAUAUAACAGCAAAAAAGCUCAACAUAUUUGUAGCGUGAAUGGUUGCAUUGAAGGAGUCAUACAGCGAAUGAAAACUUACAAAGAUGCCAAUUUGAAGCAUGACAUUAAAUAUUUUGAUAUGAGGCUGCUGUUCUUGUUGAGUGCAUUAGUUCCUGAGACCAGACAGAGAAUCCACUUUGAACUUCAUGGUUUUAGUUACCUGAUGGAAAUCAUUGACCUUCUGCUUCAUGAUGCUGAGGAACGGCAGACUGGUCUCACAGACCAAGAAGUUGAUCUUUGCUGUGAAGUACUGAAGAUUCUUUUCAAUCUUACCAUGUCUCUCAAGAUGAAAUCAUUAGAUGAGGAAGAAGACGGCCACCUAAUGCGUCUGAUUAGUGUGUUGAGAGAGUUAUUAUUAUGUAAAACAGAAUCAAAUGACCGCAAAGAAGAACUGGUCAGCCACACUGUGAACUUGUUAACCAACGUACCUGCCACCAGUUUUGAGCAACUCCUCACGCCAUUGACUGAUAGCGGUGCUGACUCUGUAACUAAAGAUAAUGAGACUGAAGGUAAAAAUAUGGAAAGUAUUGUAGUUCUGCUUAAUUUCCUGCAUCAGCGAUUAAGGAAAGUUUCACGGGAACAAGACAAAAACAUCCAGAAUAUUGUACAGCCUGCUCCUCACAACACAGAAACCAAACUCCAUUCUAAGCCCCCAUGUGGUAUGUCUGACAAUUUGACACCUAUACUACACUGUUUAUGUGAAGCCAGUCGUAAUAACAGAUCAAUCAGAAAAUUCUGUCGUCUUAAGGUUUUACCACCAAUGCGUGAUGAAGUCCUAAAUCUUCCUGAAGAAGGAGACACAUUAAGAAACAGAUUGUGUCUGCUCUUAACCUCUCUAAGUCCUAGUAUAAAACAUUUGGUGCCUGAUUUUCUGUUUACAUUGUGUAAAGAAAAUGUUGAUCGUAUGAUAAAGUAUACAGGUUAUGGGAACUGUGCUGGACUUCUUGCUGAGCGUGGCCUCCUGAUGGGUGGACGUGGGAAAAUGGCCAGUUAUUCAAGUGAAUCUGAAGAUUCUGAAACUGAAGAAUAUACAGAGUUAAGACCAAUGGUUAAUCCAGUAACCGGCCGUUGGGAGGAAGAGCGACCAAAAGCUAUAGACAACAUGAGUGAAGAACAGAAAGAGUACGAAGCUAUGAAAGCAGUUGACCUAAUUCACAAGUUGCAUGAGAAAGGUGUGAUUCAACCAGGUUGCUUGGGACAAGAUGGAAAACCAACACCCAUAUCGCAUAUCCUGCAAAUGACUGAGAAUAUUAAGAUUUCUCCGGAAGCUUCCUCUGAUUCUGAUUGAACGCAUUCUAUUCUUCUUUACUUUGAAAGGAGAGGAAAGAAAGGCAAAAAUUACAGCAACAACAAUACCGACAAAAAUAAUAAUGAUAAUGAUGAGGAUAAAGAAAAGAAAAAUACACUUUUUUUCCACAUUUUAUUUUUAUUAUUUUGAAAGGAAAAUUGAAGAAAAAUAUUUAUUCAAUAUUAUACGAUGGAAACUUCCUACAACUUUUAUAUGAAGACAAGAAGAUGUGAAGCAGAAAUACUAACUUAAAAACAAACUACAAACAUUCUAUCAUAAAAACUCCUGAGAAACAAAAUCCCAGAA